AUGGUACCUGUUAAAGAGGCUGGUUCGAUGUCGUUUCAAGUUCCGGUUUUGACCCCAAUAAACUAUCCGGUGUGGGCAGUCAAGGUUAAGGCCAUUAUGGAUGCAAAUGGUGUAUGGGAGACUGUUGAACCGAGGGCGUUAGGUGCUGAACCGGAUGAAAAGAAAGCAAAACAAGCUUUAGCCUUUUUGUUUCAAGAUAUUCCCGAGGAGAUGGUGCUGCAAAUGGCUAGCUACACUGAUCCAAAGCAAGUGUGGGAUGGACUGAAGACCCGAUACUUGGGUGUAGAUUGGGUAAGAGCGGCUCGACUUGCAACAUUAAGAAGGGAGCUUGAAACUAUGCGCAUGAAAGAGGGUGAAGCGGUUGACGAUUUCGUGGUGAAAUUGAACAGGCAUAGCAUCGAAGCCGUUGGGAGAUUAAAGGCGUAUGAAGAGCGUAUGAAAAGCCAUGAGGAAAAGGAGGGAGAGCGAUACAGUCGAGGAAGAGGUCGUGGAAGAAGCAGUGAUAUAGGCGGAAGAGGCCGUGGAAGAGGUUCGGGUCGAGGUGACAAAAUUGGAAUUAGGUGUUAUGAUUAUGGAGUUUCUGGGCAUUUUAGCUACGAGUGCAUGAAAUGGAACGACAAAGACAAAGAAGCCAACUUGAUCGAAGAAAACGAGCCGACACUUCUGUGA